CUGCCUUUGCUGAGGGAGGGGACGGUGCUGACGGCUGGGAGGACGAAAGGAGAGACAAGAAAGCUUUUGGGAAGAUAUAAGAGAGUGGGGAACGGCCCGGGUUUCCACCGUCCGUCGGGAAAUAAACACCCCAUUUUUCUGUAGCUGCUGAGUUUGUCACCGAAUCGGCGCUGAAAAUGACCAGUCGUCAGCAUAGCGAGAGCAGGGCCAUCCCGACCAGGACGGUGUUGAUCAACGACACAACGCAGCUACCUCAUGACUAUUGUACCACCCCUGGAGGCACUUUAUUCUCUACCACUCCCGGAGGAACCCGGAUCAUCUAUGACCGUAAGUUCCUACUGGACAGGCGCAACUCUCCCAUUGCCCAGACUCCCCCGGCUCACCUGCCUGUCAUCCCUGGAGUGACCAGCCGAAAUGUCCUGAGAGAGAACAAGAAGAAUGAAGCCAACAACCACAUCAACAACCAUGAUGGCAAGCCCGCAACCGGUGAUGAUGCUCAGUUUGAAAUGGACAUCUAACAGACUGGAACCACACCAGCAAAAGCAAAUGACCUGGCAUCACACGUGCCAGUGGCUUGGCUUGUAGAAACCAAUGUUGUGAGCCCUCAUGGCAGCCAUCUUCUUUAGCUCUCUGUCUCGCUGCUGGAUGUAAUGUGUGUAAACCAUGGGGAUUCAGUGUGUCAUACAUACAUGUACAGCGCGGCCAACUCUGGAAACUAUGUUUAUUUGUGUAGCUUUCCAUGGUUACCAGCUGCUGUACAAACCACACAAUGAGGGAGCGGGCCUGAAUAUAAUGUACCCAGACACAUUGUCCAAUUAGCAGAUUGCAGUGCUUAUCUUCCAGCUUUCUGAGUCAGGAUCUUUAACAGGGCACACUGUAAAACUGACAAUAUUCCAAGUUAAUUAGGGGAGGAAGUGGUAUUUCUUUAGUACUGGCCUUAGAAUCAGUCAAAAGCUUUGAUAUUCAUCACAGUCUGGUUUUUAAAGACCCUUUUAAGCUUUUAUUUAAGUGAUUUUUAUUUCUUUUUUGUUUUUGUUUUUGGAACUACUUGAAAAGCUCCACAAUCUAUUAUCGGUUGUUUGGUCUGUUAAGUUUCCCAUGAUGAUAUGCAAAGGGACGCUGUGUUGUUUUUUAUUUUGCGUUUAGGUGAAGUUUUCAUGCCAUUCCAAGACUUUAGUUUCCAUAACCGACACAAGCAUGUGUUAGUUUCUAAUUUUCAGGGGAAAACUUAUUUUAAUACAUUUUAGGCAGCAAUUAUAAUUGUCAUCAUCAAAUGAUUGUAUUUCCCACUAUUGCAUAAAGCUUAUAUAAAUCAAGCAAUUGAAAACAAGCAUUUUUAUUCAGAAUUAAUUGUCAGAAUAUCAAGCCACUCGAAUCAUCAAUAUCGUGACUUUGCUAAGUUUUUUAGUUACACAUUUCUCUCCUGCCGAGAAAGGAUUUCUCCAGAUUUGAUGUCAGGUUUUCUUGUCUUCAUAAUCUGAUAAAUGGAAGAAUUACUUGGCAACAUCUAUCAGGUGUUUUUGACUAUCCAGACGAGAUAAACAUUUAGAUUCAUGUGAAAGCGGUUGAUAUCCCUCUCGUAAUUUUUGGGUGAAAUACAAGAAGAUUUUUGAAAAACUUGAAGUAAACCAGAUGUUUUAUAUGCAUUUUAUUUUUUAAUACAGUUUCUUAGUAUUGAGGGUAUUUGUUUGGGCACUAUCAGCACUGUCAGGCCUUUGGAUUUGUUUUACGAGAGUCAAAGAAGCAGAAGACAUUGUUUGCAUCAGGCUUGAUAGAUGUUGUCCCUUCAUCUACAAAUCUGUCCCCAGUGUCCUUAAUCCAUCAUACAAAACCUUAUUCUUUCCACGUGUCAUGUCUCUCCAUGCCUUACUUCAAAUGCAGUAACUCAAAUAAAACUAGGUUCCUAGUCAUCAAUUUGUACUUUCCAACAGAUGUUUAUUUUUUCACUGUAACAUUGAACAGGUGACAUUGUACUUGGCAAUUGAGCAAAACAAGAACUUUUUACAUUUCUUUUUUUUCAUCCUCAAGCAGCUGUGAAGUUUGAAAGUGUGAUGGGGCACAUUUCAUUUUGGGAUGCUGAAGUUUAGAUGUGGUUAAAAGAAUGCCACAUGCUCAUUUAGUCCCAAUAAUUUGUUUGUUGUUUUUUUUUUUUACACCACAGUCAUAGUCCUGUCUGCUAAUUGUACUCUGUCCAAGUAGCAGCUCUUAACUUGGAAAAUAAAUCACCAUCAAGUUCCCAUUUUUUUAAAUUAAAAAUGAAUUCACACAACAAGUUUGUUUCUCUGUAUGACUGGAGCCGCUGAAUGGCUGAAAUGAUGUCUAUCAAAGAUUUUCUUUUUUUCUUUUUGGCUUUGUAAUUAAUUCUGGCCAUGUUUGAUGACAAAUACAACAAGGGGGUUGCUUGAACCCAAUUCGCAUUGCACAUUUUUGGCGUUGAAACUUUCUAUUACGGCAUCAUAAUUCAGAUUGCAGAUUUAUUUCAAAUCAGUUUGGUUUGACAAUGAGGGCUUAACAUUGUGUGUUGAAAGAGAUUUGAAACAAA